CGGUGUGGCACCAGUUAACGGGCGCGGAGAAACACGGAACCACAGGACGCCCGCACACCGGUUCCCACAGUAACGGAAGAACCGACGAGGACAUAGUGGCGGCUUGAAGCGGACCGGAGCACACAAACACAGAGGCCGUGCAUGUGGAGAGAGGUUUGUUGGCAGCAACGAGCUCAAUAGCUAACCGUCGUUAGCAAGCUAGCCAGCUUUUGUAAUCUGCCGGCCAGACACAGACUCCUCCACCUCAAAGUAGGCCGAAACCGGACCCAGGAGUCAAGCUGUACGACAAGCCAAAGGACAAAGAAGGCACCGGCGUUGGCAGGAGGCUGGUUCUGGGGGCGAGGCCAGAGGACCAGACUCAAUGAGUUUCCAGCGAAAUGUCCGAGAAGUCAGGGCAGAGCACCAAGGCAAAGGAUGGCAAAACAAAGUAUGCAACCCUUAGCCUCUUCAAUACCUACAAGGGCAAAUCUCUGGAAACCCAGAAAACUGCAGUGGCUGCCAGACAUGGGCUCCAGAGUUUGGGCAAAGUUGCUGUUAGCCGGCGUAUGCCCCCUCCAGCCAACCUGCCCAGCCUGAAGGCAGAGAACAAGGGAAACGACCCCAACGUCAACAUUGUCCCCAAAGACGGUAGUGGCUGGGCAUCCCGACCUGAGGGAGGGGAAGAGAGGCAACAGGAGACACCCCCACCCCAGAUCAAACCACCAGUGCUCCAGUCACAAGAGCUUUCUAUUGGGGGCAGCCGCUCCUGGGCCAACAGCAAGCAGACACAGCCAGACGGAGCUCCUCGUGUGAGCAGCCACUUUCACCAGGAGUUUCCCAGCUUGCAGGCGGCUGGUGAGGUCGAGAAAGACGGUCAAGAGGAGGAGCCUUAUGGACCAGGCCCCAGCCUCAGACCUCAAAAUGUUGGCAGUUGGCGUGAAGGUGGAGGCAGGAAUUUGAACACUGCACCCAGCCCCCCUGAGAUGGAAAACAGGGCUCCAGAGGAGGGUAGUACGGCUCCUGGUACCUCUUCACCACCUGAGGUAGCUGAUGAGCCAGGACGAAUCGUAACCACUGACGUUCAGAAGGAGAAGAGGGAUGUCAGGGAGAGAUUACCCCCCUCUGGCCCUCCUCAGCCUAAACUCAAUGGGGGGCAACAGCCCCCUGCUGGGGUGCCAACUCACUUCGACCCUGCUUUCAGGAGCAUGAUGCCACCCUACAUGUUCCACGCCUAUCCUCAAAUGACUUUUGGCCCAGGGCAACCAAACUUCAGAUACCCUGUACCACAAGAUGGAGCAAAGGUCCCUCGCUCAGCACGUCCCCAGCAGCCACCCCAUCAGUCCUGGCACCUGGACCCAGAUAGACCCUCUAUCAUUAGCGCCACAGAACUGAAGGAGUUGGACAACUUGGACACUGAUACUGAUGAGGGCUGGGCAGGAGCUCAGAUGGAGGUGGACUACACUGAGAAACUAAACUUCAGCGAUGAUGAAGAGAACCAAGCUGCUAAAGAAAAAGGAGAAAACUGGGAAUGGAUGGGUAAAGUGGAACGUAUGAGAUCACGACCAGCAGACGGUCAAGAGGGCUGGAAGGAGGGGUCUGAGGAUCGUGGAGGCAGUAAAACCUCAUGGGCUGACACCGUAGAUCCAAGAGCACCUUCACCUGGCAGUAUGGGACAGUACAAUAAAGCAACUGCUCCACAGGACUACCAGGGUGGUGUUCGUCCCGUUGUUGCUGGAGCUCCACGUGGAAGCAAACCACCAGCUACAGCGGCACCUGCCGCUGAUGAGGACCCUGAGGCAUGGCGACAGAAGCGCAAGAAGCCUUCAGACGUUUCUGAAGCUGUAGAGCGAGCGAGACGGAGAAGAGAAGAAGAAGAACGGCGGAUGGAAGAACAGCGGCUUGCUGCUUGUGCUGAAAAACUUAAACGUCUCAAUGAAAAACACCGGCAGGCAACAGAGGGCAAAUCUUCCCCAGCACUGACCACCAAUGAUGAUGCGGGAGCUGCCCAUGAAGAAGCUCCCUCUGCAGCUCCUGCCCCUGCAUCCAGUCCUGUACCUUCAGUCCCUGUUUCACAAUCACAGGCCCCAAUCGUGCAAGCUCCUCUACCUGAGAGGGUGGAUCGAGACAGGGAGAGGAUCGAGCAAGAAAGGGAGAUAGUUGAGCCAAGCGUAGAGGAGGAGGUUCACUUGCCUCCUCAGCCCAGCUCCCCAGUCCAUAGACCUGUGGCCAAAGCUCCAGAGCCUCAGAGCGAAGGAGAAGCUGAGGUCAGCCCCCUGGUGGAGGAGAACCUGGCCGACAGGACAACAGUGCCUAUUCGAGACUAUUUCAACAUAGAGGACAGCAGAGUGGAUGAGCCCCACCUGCCACUGCCUCACAUGGACACCCCCAGUGGUGAGGAAGUCCCUGUGGCACCACCACAAUUGGAGGGAGAGGCAGCAGCUGCUAUGCGUCCCUCACUCACCUCAGGCUAUUCCAAACAGUUUCAGAAAUCUCUGCCGCCUCGCUUCCUCAGACAGCAGGAGCAGAUGAAGCAGCAACAAUGGCAGCAACAGCACAGUGGGGGCUCCGUGUCACCAUCAGGUGGUGGUGGAGUUCCAGCUACACAGCAGCAGCAGCAACAGCAACAACAACAACAACAACAACAGCAGCAGCAACAACAACAGCAGCAGCAGCAGCAACAACAUCGCUCCAUGUAUCAACCCAUGGGCCCCCACCACCAGCACCUGGCCACCAUGGGAUUUGACCCCCGCUGGCUCAUGAUGCAAUCUUACAUGGACCCCCGCAUGAUGUCAGGACGUCCUCCCAUGGAUAUGCCAACUAACAUUCAUCCUGGGAGGAUGCCCCCGAAGCAGAUUGUGCGCAGGGAGCCAGGGGACAACUCCAGCUCUAGUUCUGACUCCUUUGACCACUUGACGCGACCAAUUCGUGACCAUGGCCUGCCCUCAGACUCAAGGAUGGUAUGGGGAUCUGACCCCUAUCCACAGUCAGAGCCGUUACCAUCUGUAACUCCUCCAAAAGGACGGGAUGAUAACAAAGAGCCGCCGAGGAUGGAGUCUGGUUUGGAUCUAGACAGGGGUCUCCCAGCUAUUUAUCCCCAGGACCACAGUGCAUUGGACUCUCGUAAAAGUAACUUCUUUCGGGACCCCACAGAGUCCUUGUCUGCGUUUUCCCAGGGCCCAGAGGAUGUGCCGGGGCCUUUAGAUAGAGUCCCUGUUGGCUCAGGCUUUGAUCCCGAGGAGCCAGGCCUACCAAGUGGGGAAGAGGUAGAAGCUCUAGGUCAAGCUAUGCUCCAGAGGAGUGUGUCUCAGGGCUCAAGCCACUCUCUCAAGCUGGAUGAGCCCAGGUUUGAUGGGUUACCCCUGGGAACAAAAUCAAUAGAGCUGCAGGACACUGUGGAAAGGUCUGACGAUAAGCCUCAGAAUGAGAUCUAUUCACAGGCUGCAGUGACCAGCAACAGGGCUACACCUCCUGCUGAUGGACUCCACAAACAAGAGAAGCUUCCUCUGCCAGCACCUAGCAAACAGAAAGCUGAGUUGCGCUGGGGUGGGAGAUCUGGCACCGGACGUAGAGAAGGACCAGGGGGUGAGAGACCUGUCCGCAGGUCUGGCCCAAUAAAAAAGCCUGUCCUAAGGGACAUGAAAGAAGAGAGGGAGCAAAGAGAAGAGAGAGAAAAGCGUCAUGAGAGAGGGGAAAGAGGAGAAAGGACCAAAAAGGAUCAGUCCUCCAAAGCACCUUCUGCAGCUGCUGCUGUGUCUGAGGGCUCCAGACCUCAGGGUGAGGGGAAAAGAGAAGCUCCUGAGGCUGAGGAAACGCAGAGAGAACCGCUUCAGAGAACCAGAGACUCCCAGCCUUCCUCUGCGGCUCCCACCUCCUCCUCUCAGGAGGAGAAAGCAGACAAACCUCCCAGCAAUGAAAAACAUCCAGAACCCAAACUGCCCUCCAGGAAAGAGUCUAAUCUACCUCCACGUGCCUACCGACGAGAAGAGAGAGAAAGGGAACGUGAGAGGGAUAAGGAAAUGGACAAGGACAGAGAAAGAGAGUGGCCUGCUGACUCAAAUUUCAAAGGGCGUGGUCGCGGAGAGUAUUACUCCAGAGGACGGAGCUACAGGGGGACAUACGGUGGCCGGAGCAGGGGUAGUCGUGGUCGAAGCCGACCAGAGUAUCCAUACCGAGAACCUCGAUCACGCUCUGAUUUACCUUCUGCUGGUGGCGCCGCUGCCUUUCGUAACCGAGAGGAGAGCGAGACUCGCAGCGAGAGCUCAGAUUUUGAGGUUAUACCGAAACGCAGACGACGCCGUGGCUCAGACACAGAUUCUGAAAGCGAAGGUGGGAGAGAGUCUGCUAGUGAUACCGGACCCUCUGAUCGUGAACCUAGCACGAAACCUAGCCGUCCAUUGAGGCGUGAGCUCCCUGGGGAGGUCAGGUCUGGCCCACACAAGCCAGGCUUUGGACCUCCUCACAUGGGGGAAAAGGUUGGAUCUAGAGUGGAUGACGAAGGCAGGCCCAAGCCAGGAUUUCUUCCUAAAGGAGAGCCUUCUCGGCGAGGAAGAGGAGGAUUAUACAGUAGAAGAGGUGGACAAAGGGAACGUGGAGGACCUCGCUCAGCUCCUCUUAGACGGCCAGCUGCCAGAGAUUCUUCUUCUCAGUGGCCCUCUAAACCCAUGGAGACAUUCAGGCCUGAGGACACAGAAUCCACAUCAAGAUAUGACAAUCCUCCAGGUGACCGACGGCCCCCUAAGUCCGAGGGCAAGAAAUUUGGGGACGGGGCUCCUCAGAGUAGCAGAGAAAGGCCUCGUCGAUCCAGACCAGCACGACCCCCAAGGCAAGAUAAACCCCCACGCUUCCGGCGGCUGAAGGAGCGGGAAGCUGCAGUGUUAGCUAAUGGAGAAGCCCCAAGUCCCCCUGUCCCUCUACCCACAGUGCCUACUGCUGCUGUCCCUAACUCUGCCCCAGCCAAAAUCUCCCUCUCCCCAACCCUGUCCAGAGCUCCAGGAACCCCUGUGACUAUGCCUGCGGAAGUGGCAGCCACUAUGCCUGCACGCAACUUGCCCUCUCCUAUAGAAGCACCCCUGCCUGAGACUAGCAGCCCCACCAUCACUGCAGUCGGCACCAAAUCCCCCGACUUGUCCAAUCAGAACUCCUCAGACCAAGCCAAUGAGGAAUGGGAAACUGCCUCAGAGAGCAGCGACUUCAACGAAAGGAGAGAACGAGAAGAGAGGAAAGGAGCACUGGAAGCUGCUAAUGAAGCAGCCACUGCUUCUGCCCCUGCACCCACACCCUCUCAGGGCUCUUUGACACCCAGUAAAAGCCCCCCUGAUGGAGGGAUGACUCCAAAACGUGAAGGACCUGCUACAGCCAAGAGAAGUUUCUCAAGUCAGAGACCAACAGAGAGACAGAAUCGUAGAGGCAACAGCGGAGCCAAACCAGGCCGCGGCUACGCAGGGGGCAAGGGGGAGAGGAGGGGAGGGGCCAAAGGCGGCCGCAAAGGCCCUUCAGCUCAGCAAAACUCAGACGGGAUGGCACCAUCAGCUGGAGGAGCAGCUCAGAGACCUGCAAAGGAUCAGUCUGCUCGUCGCAAAGAUGAAGCCAAACAGGCUGCCAAGAAGCCCAAAGAGAACGCGCUCUCUCAGUUUGAUCUCAAUAAUUAUGCCAGUGUUGUGAUCAUUGAUGAUCACCCAGAAGUCACCACUACAGAGGACCCCCAGUCCAGCACCAACGAUGAUGGUUUUACAGAAGUGGUCUCCAGAAAGCAACAAAAACGCCUGCAGGAUGAAGAGAAAAGGAAAAAGGAAGAGCAGACGACUCAGAACUGGGGUAAAAAAGGCUCAGGUGACAAGAGCAGAGGGGGCGGAGGAAAGCUGCCACCAAGAUUUGCUAAGAAACAGUCAUCGCAGCAGCAACAACAACAACAGCAACAACAACAGCAACAGCAGCAGCAGCAACAGGCCUCACAGUCUCAGCCUCCUGUAGCCGCCACCCCCCAAGCCCAACAGCAACCCGCCAUUUCUGCCCCCCAGCAUCCUCACAUUGCCCCCUCUCAACCUGCCGCAUCCCCUCAAACUCUGGAAGGAACCGUGGCUCCUCUGCCCUCCAUCCCCCCUGCCACUGUGGACUUUACCUCAAAGAGCCUACCCCCAGCACCUACGCAGACACACAGCACUCUGGGUACAGAACUUUGGGAGAACAAGGUAGCAGGCUCCACCGUCCUUCCUGACGUCAAGAGGCUUGGUCCAAUCAGCCCUCCCCAGCCACCGUCUGUGAGUGCCUGGAACAAACCUCUUACCUCCUUUACUGGCACUGUCUCCUCUGAGGGUGUGAAGCCCGGGUCAGAGGGCAGUGUGGAAUUGGGAAUAGACAGUAUUCAGUUUGGAGCACCAUCAUCUGCAGGUAGCACCGACAGCGAUGGAGUUCCAGCAUUGCUAGAGACUGGCUCCGACAAUAAAUUACCUGCUCCCAAAGAACAGAGACAGAAACAACCUCGCGCUGGCCCAAUCAAAACACAGAAGCUCCCUGAGAUGGAACCAGUGGAAACCAAGGAGUACAAGCCAGGUCCCAUUGGUAAAGAGCGCUCUCUAAAGAACCGCAAGGCCAAAGACGCACGUGGAGGAGAAGGCGAGGGGAUGGAGGGAGGAGUACCCGGAGGAGUCGUCAGCAGAACUACAGAAUCCAGUCCUCCCAUCAUUGACAACACAGUACCAGAGUUGGGAGGAGACAUCGAGGGCAUGAUCACAGUCCCCUCAGCAGAGUACACCAGUAACUCUAAAGAGUCUGUAACAGAUUACACCACGCCCUCCUCCUCACUGGCCGACAGUGUUCCAACAGGAGGCAGCAAAAUGGAAGAGAGCUUGGUAGCCAGUGUGGCAUUACCACAUUCGUUGCCCCUUCCCCGGCGAGAGACCCUGCAGCAGAGCUCCAGUCUAAGCACAGUCUCUCCUGCCACUGUUGACCUGACACUAAAGAUGGAGUCGGCCCGUAAAGCGUGGGAGAACUCCCCAAGUCUGGAGAAGAACUCUCCUGUUACCUCCUCUUCCUCCCCAAUAACCUCCUGUGCAUCCUCGUACUCCACCUUUUCCUCGGCCUCAAUGCCACAGAUCCCUGUGGCUUCUGUUACCCCCAGCACCUCACUGACAGGAUCUGGUACCUAUACAACAUCCUCUCUUGGCACCAAGACCACCACAGCCUCUGACCCUCCAAACAUCUGUAAGGUGAAGCCCCAGCAGCUUCAGGGUGGAAGCCUGUCCUCCUCCAGCAGUAGCAGUAGCAGCAGCUUCUCUCAGCUGGGUUGUGUGCCUCCGCUACUGCCCCAGCAGCAGACCCCACAGGUGUAUGUCUCCCAGUCUGCAGCAGGUUCUGCAGCUCAGAUUCCAGCCUUCUACAUGGACACUAGCCACCUCUUCAAUACGCCCCACCCUCGCUUGGCUCCUCCCUCUUUGGCGCAGCAGCAAGGCUUCCAGCCGGGCCUCUCACAGCCAACAGCAGUGCAGCAGAUUCCCAUCCCUAUCUACGCUCCACUGCAAGGUCAGCCUCAGCACCAACACACACACCAGGCUCAGCUAGGACUUAGCACUGGUCCUCCAGUCUCCCAGCCACAGGACUUGUUCAACUCUUCACUGCAGCCUUACAGGUCUCAGCAGGCAUUCAUGCAGAGCAGCCUCUCACAGCCCUCCAUGAUGCUGUCAGGACCAUCAUUGCACAGCUAUGCCGGCGUGCAGGCAUCUGAGCUGGGCAAACCUCAGUCCAGUAUGGCCUAUCAGCAGCCUUCCUCCACCCAGCACAUUCCCAUUCUGUUUGAGCCCCAGCUCAACCAGCCAUCUGGCAUGGGAGGCUCCCAGCUCAUUGACACACACCUGCUGCAAGCUCGACAGGGGAUGAAUCAGCAUUCAAACAUGUACUCAGGGCAGGUGCAACAACAUGGCCAGAGUAGCUACUACAGCAACACCCAGUCGCCCAGUUCCGCAAUGCAACAGGUGACAGUCCCUCUGCCUGGUUCCCAGCUGUCCCUGCCAAACUUCGGCUCGGCUGGAGGUCAGCCUCUCCUGGCACUGCCUCCCACUCCUCCCCAGGCACAACCCAACAUGAACCGACAGCCCCCAGUCUCCCAGGCGUACAGAGGGAUCAUGGGCCCCAACCACAACAUGAUGCAGCCUCCCACCAGCAAGAUGGACAUGGAUCUGAAACUCUUCGGCAGUGGGAUGGAUGUGAAGCCUGGAACCCCUCCUGUCAGCGCCAGGAGCACUACACCCACCUCUAGCCCUUACAGGGCCAGCUCCACCUCCCCUUGUAGCCAGUCAAGUAAGAUAAACAGCAUGCUGUACCAGAAGCAGUUUCAGCCCAGCUCUGCCGGCAUGAGAAUGACGCAGCACUUCCCCGGCCAGUUCAACCCACAGAUUCUGUCCCAGCCCAACAUUGUCUCUCCUCUGGUUCGACCUCCUCAUGCUAACUCGUUUGCUGGAGGUGUCCAGCGCUCUGCCAUGGGCCCUCCAAUGUCACCUAAUCUGGGUGGCGGUCUGAUGCCUCAUCCUAGACCCCAGCACCCACAACACCCACAACACCCACAACACCCACAACACCCACAACACCCACAACACCCACAACACCCACAACACCCACAGCACCCACAGCACCCACAGCACAGCCAGCACCCUCUGCACCCUCAGCACCCUCCCCGAGGACAACCUGGUCCCUCGUUGGCACCCAGAGGCACACAGGCGGCUCUGAAGGCUGAACAGGACCUUAAGGCAAAGCAGCGGGCUGAGGUGCUCCAGUCCACCCAUAAGUUCUUCUCAGAGCAGCAACAGCAGCAACUCAAGGCCCCGCAAGUCAGCAAAGCAUCUCGGCUCGAUCAGGGAGGAAAGCCCCCCCUCGACACCUCGGCGUCAAACCAUCAGACGGGGAGCGAGCGCCCCGAUUCUGACAAACCCCCCAUCUCCACAGCCAAGCCCAUACGGACUGGCCCCAUAAAACCGCAGGCCAUCAAACCAGAAGAGGGCAAGUAAAGAGCUGCACACCCGCUACAGAUGACAACAUGAAUGGAUGGAAGAGAGGAAGAGAGCCCCAUUCACUCCAUCACCUCCUCAUAUCAGCCCUGGGGGACAGUGUGGGGGGAGGAGGAUGGGUG